CGGCGCCCCGCGGCGGGGCGGGCGGCGGGCGGCAGGUUUAUGAAACAGAUUGUGAAGUUCAUCGAGAGCAGUCAACUGGAAAACCAAGACUGGCAGACUCUUCAUUCAAUAGACAGGAGCCAGGCAGAGUCCAGGGAUUCUUGCAACAUCUCUCUUCCCUUUGGAGGACACUAAGUUUUAUUUGAAGACAAAGAAAACUCAAUAUGGCAGCAGGACUGAAGGGACACAAAGGAGUUGUUACAGUGAUCUGGUGACAGUUCUUCCAACAGCAGUGUCUUAAGGAAGGGUGGAUCAAGAAACACCUGAACUUUGGGUUGCGUUAAGUGAGAAAUCAGCAUGGCUCAGGCAAGUCUCCUGGCUUGUGAAGGCCUAGCAGGUGUGAGUUUGGUUCCCACUGCAGCCAGCAAGAAGAUGAUGCUGAGCCAGAUUGCCAGCAAGCAGGCCGAGAAUGGAGAGCGGGCAGGUAGCCCUGAUGUGCUGAGGUGCUCAAGUCAGGGCCACCGAAAAGACAGCGAUAAGUCCCGGAGCCGUAAAGAUGAUGACAGCUUGGCCGAGGCCUCUCAUUCCAAAAAGACUGUUAAAAAGGUGGUGGUAGUGGAACAAAAUGGUUCUUUUCAAGUAAAGAUUCCCAAAAAUUUUAUUUGUGAACACUGCUUUGGAGCCUUUAGGAGCAGUUACCACCUCAAGAGGCACAUCCUUAUUCAUACUGGUGAGAAGCCAUUUGAAUGUGAUAUAUGUGAUAUGCGCUUCAUCCAGAAGUACCACUUGGAGCGCCACAAGCGUGUGCACAGUGGUGAGAAGCCUUACCAGUGCGAACGAUGUCAUCAGUGUUUUUCUCGGACAGAUCGAUUACUCAGACACAAACGGAUGUGCCAAGGGUGUCAGUCCAAGACUUCCGACGGGCAGUUUUCUCUAUAGGCGCAAGGGGCCCCUGGUGGUGGGAGUGAUCAGAAGAAUCUACCGAAGAGUGCACCCCCUCUGGUCUGAUGGUCCCACCACCACCCUGUCUGUACCUGUCCCCCUCCUGGAGGAGUGGACCCAGGAGACCAGAAGAGUGCAUCAAGGGACAGCGGCCCCAGAGCCUCAGCUCUGUAAAUAAUCUGAGACUUUGAGUAUCUCGGGGAUGUUCCUGCAGCAUUCCUGGGGAGGGAAGCUAGUCCCUGGACCCUUGGCUGAGGUCAUAGAUGGAGACUCCAGGCAUAGGACCAAGACUGAAAUACGGCUCCCACAACCUUGGACUCUAGCUGGCAGCUGAAAUGGAAAAGAUUGGGGAGAGGGAUUUAUUUGUUCUGUUCUUGUUUUUGUUUAUCCAAAAGCAAUUUCAGUAGGCAUACUGUGGAUACAAGUAAUCUAGAGGCAUAAAGUCCUGGGAUAAAGCAGGGAUUUUGGCUGGUCCAGUCCUCCCCCAAAAUUGAAUUUUUGGUUAUAGUUGAUCUUCAGUGUUCCACAUCCUGCACUUCACCUCCUAGUUGAAGGCGAGUAGGGUCAGGGAAGGCAGGUGAGAGUUCAGCCUCCUCAUACACUGUAGGCGCAGAAGAAGAGCAGUGGGAGGAGUGGACGAGGCUGGAUCCAAGAUGAGUGGACAGGUGCCUCUUGCUCCCUCUAGGGAAGAGCAGGAGUUGUGUGCUUGGGUGUUACGAUGGCUCAUGUCACACUGGUAUCUGAUGAGGUCAGUUCAGUGCCUUGUGGAGGAAACUUGGGAAAGAAGGGCCCAGAAAACCCUUUCCUUCUCUCCUUAGGCAGUUGAUCCUGGAGAUAGUUUGUGGCUACCUCGUUGCCAUUGACUCCUAAGCCAGACAGAUGUUGAGCAGGAAGUCAUGGAUGUCAAAGUGGGUUCUCUCUCCUGGUGCCCACAUGGAGUAACAACUGUGCAGGAAAUAAGGAAAUUCAGGGUCCCUUGACAUGACCGUUGAGCAGUGGGAGCUGUUCUCCCUGCCCAAGUCCUAUCACUGUAUUCACGUAGAGGGAAUGAGGUCUAGCCUUCGGUCCCAAAGAACAAGAUUUUGGCUUCCUUCUUGGUGGCCACCCUCACCCAACAAAGAAUUGGUGGUGGGGAGGUGCCACUUGAGCAAGGACUGAGGAAGAAACCUAAUAUAGGUUUUAUUCUUAACCAUAUUCUUUGCUCCUCUCUGUUCUAACACCACCACCCUGUUCACCCCCAAAAAAGUGAUCAGGGGUGUGUGUGUGUUAUACGUGUUUGUAUGCUCAAAGGUGGCAUGUUAUUGAGCCAAACCUUCUUGGCCCUCAGCUUAGGAAAGGCUAAGCAUAAUACGGCCUCCUGCCACCCACACCUGAAGGGUGUGAAGUCUCAGCGGGAGCUGAAGAAUUCAAAUUAGGGGACUGGAGGGCUUUAUUUUAGAGGGUUGUUUUGUUUUGUUUUUUGGAUUUAGGAUGAUGCAACAGGCUGGUGGUUAGGGUGUUUCUAACCCAAGCCAGGUCUUAUGAAUGAAUUUUCUAAGGCAAAAUUGAAAACUCUCUUUCUGCUAAGGAAAGGAUCCUUGGGAGGGGUUCUGGGAUUUGGAGGCACUCCCACGGUGGGGUGAGGGGAACUGUCUUAGGAAUAAUCAUGGAGGCUAGGUGGACCUGACCAAGCUGUCAGUGAGGGUCUGAAGUGGCACCUCCAGGAGGAGGCUUUCAUUUCCCAGAGAAUGUAAGGAAUAGCAGCAGGAAUCUCCGGCUGUUACCUAUUCCAGAGGGGAUAACUGGGGAGGGGGAGGGUCCUUCAUACCUCUGAGGCAUGAGGAUUUCAAGGAAAAAGAAAGAAGUCAUGGCACCCUGACAGCAUCUGAGAUCCUUUUUGGGGGAGACGCUGGGGAAUGUGUUGGCACCCUUUGUUCAGGCUUUGUGCUGGCACUCCUGUUUGAUGUGGUCCAGAGCUGAAACCUCAGUCCUUGAUCUACCCUGUGGUCCCUGCAAGCAGGGCGUGUUUCCUCGUGUGAACCAGCCCCCUUCCUGUAAGGGGCUGCUGAGGCUGGAGUAUCAUUCACUUCUGGGAAGAAUACAUUCAGGAAACUGUCCUCUCAAAGCUUUUGAAAAUGGGAGGGCUCUUCCCCUGCUACUUGCAGCUAAAUGUGUUUAUUGAGACGUGGGGGCUGUAGAGGGUAUCCCGUGAGUGACCUACGCCCCCAGUGUGUGAAUGUGUGGUAGGUCAGGCUGGGCCCUGGCCCUCCCCCACCCCACCCAUCUCAGCUUCCUGCCUGUCGGUGAGCUGGAAAGACCUGAGCAUUCGUGCGUAGGGCCCAAGGAUUGGAUGUGGAGGAAGCUCACAGCAGGUGGUCGGUUUAGUUGUCUGGGUGCUGAUGUACUGGGGCAGUGGAUGUGUGUGGCGAAAGGAGUGACUUAGUGCCCAGAGGGCCUCGGAGCCCCACUGAUACUCCGGGGAAACCACAGACUAAGACCGCUGCCUAGGCUUCCAGGCCCAAUAUCCUGCCUUCUUUGCUGGGGGGGGGGGGGGGGGUCUAUCACUGGAAAGAUGCCUCAGGUGUGUUUGGGGUGAGGGGAAAGGGAGAUAGGGCAGCCUUUCAGAGACCAGGACAUGGAAUUUGGGGAUCUGGGAAAGAAAAUGGCACCAGUUUCUGGGUAGGCUGCUGUACCUGGCCCUACCAGCCUUGCCCUUCCCAGUACCCCAAGUCUUCUCCGUCCAUCUCCCCAAAGCCUCUUGUCAUCUAUCACUUAGCUACUGAUUAUGCCCCUUGGCUUGAAUUUGGAGGGUUACAUGAGGUGUGGCUGCACCACUUUAACCCUCUCCCCAGAUGCUCUUUGCCUCUGCUGUGGCCCUGGGGAUUUUAUUUUCAAUAAUUCCUCCUCCCCUUCCUCUCUACCCUUUUUUUUUUUGAAUAUACUUAUUUUGCUAUUGGGGGAGGGGAAUAUCAAAUGAACAAGAUCACUUUUAAAUGGUAGUUUUUAUAAGAUGUUAUAAACUUGUAUCUUUUUACCAUUAAAGUACAGUGUAUGUUCCUUCGUGAUAUAUUUAGAAUAUUUAAAUAAAAAUAAAAUGGGGCUUUUCUACAUACUCUCUCCUCUUUGGGAAGAAUAUCUGAUGGGGGAGCUUUUUCACUGGGGCCAGAGUAGUAUUCCUUCUUUCCACCCAAAUAUAUCCACCUCACAACUUCUAGCACCCUGUAAAUGGCCGUUUUAAAACCUACCCUCCCACGGGAGGAAGAAGUAGACGUGGACAGUAUCAGUUUUGAUAUUGAUAAGAAAAAACAGGCACAUGACAGAAUGAGGUGCAAAUGCUUGCAGUGGUUCUCAGAGUGCGGUCUGUGGCCCUCCCCCACGAGCGUUAGCCUGACACAAGUCCACCCAGCAGUGGCUGCCCAGACAGCCAUAGCCGCACACCCCCGCACACUCAAGUUUAAGAACCUAGCUCAGGUGGCAAGAGGCUGUGGUGGGGGAAAUGAAAUGAUAGCUCUGCUCUGAAGACUUUAUUAUGUACUCUGAGGGGUGAGCCCCGCUCUGUGAGGCUAGAAGCAUUCCCCUGUGAGGCUUGGGUGUCGUUUGGAAUGCCGGUUUCACGCAGCAGCAGGCGAGUGACAGACCCACCAGUCUCCAAGAGAGAAGAGCCCUGAGGAGUGUCCCUCCCGCCUUCAGGAAAGUGAACUUUCUGCUUGAAAGCGGGGAUUGACGGUGGUGGUGAUGGCGCUUCUGUAGAGAGGAUUGUUGUCCUGAGGAAAGAGGUCGGAAAUGAUGAGGAAAAGUCCCAGGCCUCGUGCUUUAUCCAGCUCUGAUGAGCCAGCUGAGAACUUGAGCAGGCCCCUCA